AUGGCAGAAGCAAAUUCUCACCAACAGCCUUCCGAUAAUCAAGACUGCCAUGCUGUCGCUGUUAAUGGAAACAGUAAUGGUGCUUUACCUGCUGCACAAAAUAGCUCCUCGAAUCAAAAAAAACCUUCUUAUCAACUAACACACAGCUUGGUCGGGCACAAAAAAUCUAUUUCAAGUGUCAAAUUUUCCCCAGAUGGAAAAUGGCUUGCUAGUGCAUCUGCUGAUAAAACGAUAAGAAUCUGGAAUGCAUAUACUGGUCAGCACGAAAAAACAUUUGAGGGUCAUACCCAAGGUAUAUCGGACGUAGCGUGGGCAGUUGACUCCAUGUCAUUGUGCUCAGGUUCAGACGACACGACAAUACGAAUUUGGAAUAUGAAUCAGAAUUCUGCUGUAAAAGAGCUCAGAGGUCAUACGAAUUACGUGUUCUGUGUGAAUUUCAAUCCUCAAUCGAGUUUAAUUGUGUCUGGAUCUUUCGACGAAAGUGUGAGGAUCUGGGAUGUUAGGAAUGGAAAAUGUUUGAAGAUCUUGCCUGCUCACUCUGAUCCGGUUUCUGCAGUACAUUUUAACCGAGACGGAACGAUGAUUGUUUCCGGCAGUUAUGAUGGCUUAAUUCGUAUUUGGGAUACUGCAUCUGGUCAAUGCUUAAAAACGAUAGUAGAUGAUGAUAAUCCGCCAGUUUCCUUUGUAAAAUUUUCACCUAACGGAAAAUACAUUCUUGCUUCAACUCUCGAUAAUACCUUGCGUCUCUGGAACUUCCAUUCUUCGAAAUGUUUGAAAACAUAUACUGGUCACAUAAAUAACAAAUACUGCGUGUUCUCGAGUUUCUCAAUUACUGGCGGAAAAUGGAUCGUAAGUGGUAGUGAAGAUAAUUGUAUCUACAUAUGGAAUUUGCAAAGCAAAGAAAUUGUCCAAAAAUUAGAAGGUCACACUGAUGUUGUAUUAACUAUUGCAUGCCAUCCGACAAAAGAUAUCAUCGCGUCUGGCGCGAUUGGAAACGACAAAACUGUCAAAAUAUGGGUUGAUAAAUAA